AUGCAGCUACAGUUUGUCUUGCUCAUUGGGGUGGUGUUAGACAUGGUCGUCUCGGUGAAUCAACAAUACAUAAAUGGAACAAUAUUUAGUGCAUCUAGAGAUGACAGUGCAUCUUUUUCAACUGAUACGGCGUUGACUGUAACUGACACAGCGUCUGCAUCCUUUUCAACUGAUACAGCAUUGGCUGUAACAAAAGCGUCUGCAUCCCUUUCAAGUGAUGAAAUGUUGACUAUAACUGACACAGGGUCUGCAUCCUUUUCAUCUGAUACAGCAUUGGCUGUAACUAGCACAGCGCCAUUUGUGACUCAAGAACUCAAUGAUGGGACUGAUUCAUAUGACAGAAAAAUCAAUGAUGAACGCAAUGCGAUAGAGAAACUAAAUGAUACAACGAUUGACGCAACAACUCAACAACUCAACACAUCGUUGAAAGUAGAACUUUGGAAAUAUGGUGGAACAAUCCUGAUUGCAUUGGGAGUUCCAAGUAACAUUUUAUCCAUACUUGUGUUUCGUGGAGAACAUUUGAGAAGCUCUCCAACAGCCCUGGCACUUACAGUGUUAGCAGUGACAGAUUUAUUCAACUUGCUUAUUUCUGGUCUUGGGUUGACUUUGAAAAUAGGGUUUGGUCUGAGCCACGUUUUGUUGCCAGACCUUGGAUACUGGCCAUGCAAGAUUGGGAUGACCGUAAUGUAUGUUAUGACUGAUUUCUCUAGCUGGAUCGUUGCCGUGAUUUCAAUUGAGCGCUGUAUUGCAGUAGGACUACCCCACAGAGCACAGUCAUUGUGUACCAAACAAAAGGUAGUAGGAGCAUUAAGCUUGAGCUUUCUGAUUCUCCUCGCUUGGAAUCUACAAAUUGGCUGGAUAUUUACCUACACGGAAGAUACUGCCCAUUUCACCGACUGCACAUGGAACCCAGAUUUCAUCCACUAUGCGAGUAUUUAUUUUGUAUGGCAGGACUUAAUCAUGCUGAGCUUCAUACCCUUGAGCGUAGUCGUCAUCUGUAACAUCAUCAUAAUCAAUGUUGUAUUCAAACAACAGAGGAAGCGUAUGUCCAUGAUGACAGGAGAACUGACAGCGGCUCAGAAGAGGACCACCAACUCCAUGGCACUGAUGCUUAUAGCGGUAAGCGCUGUUCUUUGCAUAAGUACAAUGCCCGUCACUGUCUUUAAUGUCUGGGUAGAAUUCAUGGAUAAAACCAUUGAAAACCAGAUGUUUGCAGAAAAGUAUGCGGUAGUAUUUGUGUGGAUGUUGUACAUAAACUACAGCGUCAACUUCUGGCUUUACGUAUUUGCUGGAAGCAAAUUUAGAAGUAGUCUCUUCGAAAUGUUCAAAUGUAGAAGCGUUAGUUCUCAGGAAUCUAGUACAAGAAACGUGUAUGUUCCUCCACAAUCUGUAGAACAUAUAUGA